CUUUGACCACCUGUGAUAUUCGUUGUUCUGGUCCUUUUCCCUACUCUUUACUUUGUUAGAACAUGUUUGGUACACUCAUUGGCCUGGUGAAGGAGCUUAAGCCAUUGCUACUAAAACACCAUGCUGAAACCUAUAGUCAGUUUGGCCAUGCAAAUCUGAACAUGCAGGACAUUAUGCAUCAACAGAGAUGUCUGGGUUAUCGUUUUGAAGACUUCAUCUCAGCCUACAAUGACCAUCGUUAUGGAAUUUCUAACAAAACAAAACCCACACAUGCGUCAACAUUUCAGAAUUCAGGGAAGGAGCAAAAGUCAACCUUCAGUAACCUUUCACCUGAAUUACAGAGUGCUGCUAAGAGCCCCAAGCAUGCAGACAAAAAGUUCACUACGAAAGGAGCUACCAGUAAAGAUGUAAAAGAGGCCGAGGAUGAAUCCCCAAACCUUUUCCACAAAUCUGAGAGUGUUGCGAAGACCGCUGAUAAGAUGCCAGUCCGUAUGAACCAAGUAGCUAAAGAUGUAGCCGAGGAAGACUCAAUUGGGUACAGAAUCCAUAAAGAAGGAAGGAAGUCUACAUCCUUUUAGAAAGAUGAUUUUCUGUAUUACGACGCACCGAAAACAAGAAAGACUAGGAAGAGUAAAGUCAAAAAUGACAGCUUUGUGUCUGAAGGCAACAAGGAUGAGCUUGAUGUUGACAAAAUCAGAGAUUAUAUAAAUGAAUCACCCAUUUUUGAUGAUCUUGUUCACAUUGAUGACGUUUAUCUAGAGCAAAGGCAUCUAAGUGUCUUAACCAGCGACAAUGUUACCCGAGAAAGUGACAAGUGGUUGGGAGAACAUGUAUCUUUACUUUGUGAUUUUAAAGGAAAAAAAUUCAUAUUGUUGGUUUAAAUUGAAAUCUUAAUUGUGUGUGUUUUUUCAAAUAAAAUAGCUACUUGAUGCUGGCAUCGAGUUGCUUAGGGCCAGCAAAGUUGAAGAUGUGAGGAAGGAUGGAAGGGUCUAUCUCGAAAGAUCAAUCAAGACCCAACUUCUGAAGCGUGAUGGGCUUCCUAACAUGCAGAAGGAGGUUCUGUCUGGAAAAUAUGGUACAGAGCAAGGGGACAAUUACCUUGCUCAUGAGAUGAUAUUCCUGCCUAUGAAUCUGCAGAGCCUGCACUGGUAUUUGGCCGUAGUGAACACACACAAAAGGGAGAUCCAGAUCCUUGACUCCAUGCUCGAUCACGAAGACCGCCUAGAACUGCGCCAAACCCUGCUAGGUAUGGAAGCACAUGUGAAUCUAUCUCUAAGAAUGAAGGGGGCCCAAAAUAGCAACUGGCCUGACUCACUACUGUCAAAAUGGCCAGUUUUUGUGAAGAAGACCCCACAGCGGUCAGAUGGUUGUUCAUGUGGGCUAUUUGUUCUUAAAAAUAUGGAAUCCUGGACAGGAGACGAGCACACUGACGAGUUCAAGCAGGUUCACAUUGACAAAUUCGGAAGGGAACUACCUGCUAUGCUGGUCAGCUCGCCACUUAACAAGUUGAGGAAGCGCUACCUUGAAGCAACAGCCAAGAUGGACGAAGACUCCAAGAUGGACCAAGACUGAAGACAUACACGCGUCCAGGAGUCCCUUUUGAGUCGUGCCAUCUAGUUUCAGUCCUUUUCCGCGUUAGCAAUUUUUAGGGAAUAAUAUCGCAUGAAGACAAUUCGUGUUUUGCGGUUUCAUUUUUGUGUGUUACCAAACUAUUUUUACCAUACUCUAUUUCUUAUGGAGUAAUUCGACAGAUUUCAAUAAAGUGUUAGCAAACUAUUUACUAUGAUGCA